GCGGCGGGGCGAGCGGGCGGGCAGAGAGCGCAGAGCCGCUGAGCAAGCGGGAGCUGAAACCGCGCGCCCCCGCUCCUCUCCGUUUCUCUCCGAGCCAGAACCGGGCUCGCCAGGUAGGGUAAGCCCAUGGUGCCGCGGCCGCCGCCGACCUUAUCGAUCCUGACCCCACGUCCCGGAGUCCCACGGUCCCUCGAGUUCUGGGGCGCCCGGGCCAGGACGGGCCGGGGCGUCCAGACAGCGCUCGCCAGUAGCUCCGGGAAGAGGGAAGACAACCCCAGGAGUCCAGCCUUUCUUCCCCAGAGAACGCACGCCCUGCAUCGCGCUCCCUGGUUCCUCCUGCCCCUCCGUCCUUUGGUCCGUUUUUCUGUCUGUGUCUCUGUCUCUGUCUCAGCCUCUCGGGCUCAAUCUCUACCUGCCUGGAUUUUGUGGCCCAGGCUCCCCUGCUGCUUGCCUCUCAGGUUCUGUGCCUGUCCGAGCUUUGGUCCUGGCCGCGCCUUUGGGAGGCUCGUGGUCUUGACCAUUUGGGGCCUCAGCCCCCAUCUGGGUCCCUGUUCCCAUCUGUGUUGGUCUUCAUGCUUGCCUCUGUCUCCUGUUUGCCUGAUUGAGCUGCUUCUUUCAGAGUACCCACAGGAUCCCAGUUCUCUUGCCCUGGCCCCAGUGGGAGAUUAACUCUGAGGAGCUGAGGGGACAAAGUGAAGAACCCCAGUCUCUGUGGCCAGGACAUGGGAUCCUUGAACCAGUUGCUGCCCUUCUUCAGGCUCAGUUUUUCUCUCCUAGCCUUCUCAAGUCUGCAUGAUUGUGAGAGCCUGUGUGGGUUUCUGGGAGGGCAGCUGGGUACAAAUGAUGGGGUGCAGAGUGGAAGAGGGAGGGAGAGGUCUCUGAGGGCCAGGGACAGGGUGGACAGGGCUCUGAAGCUGAGGAUGAGGAGAUUGGAGAUGGUGACUUUCUCUGCUUGGUUCUGAGCUGAAGAGAAAACAGAGGCCAAAAGUCUCAAAUAGCAUUGUAUGUAGAGCUAAGGUGUCCAAAAGUCUCACCUUGAGCAUUGUUUGAGAUUUUGACCAGAUGAACUGACCCCAACCCCUGACACACAUACACUCACAUCUACUUUCCCUGUUGACUUAGGACCUAUGGCCGCUUCGGUGUCCCUCCCUGGGGCCAGCCUCUCCACCUUGCUGUCUAACUCCCAGGGCCUAGAGUCUCUUUUACUUCUUCAGUCAGGGAUCUGUGGGGAUGUCUUUUUAAGAACCAGAGGCUGGGACCCUUAGGUGCUCACUUGGACUCCAGUCUCCCUAGGGGUUGGAGACUACCCUUUAGAGACUCUUCCUUCCCUCUUCCCUGGUGGGUUCUAAGCCAGCGAUGGCCCCUUUCUGGAAAUCCAAGGCUCAAGAUGGAGACUGGACCCCCAAGAUUAUAAUUCUGACCUGGCCUCUGCUGCAACGCUGUUGACCUUGGGAUUCUGGGGGGUUUAUGCAGGUUCUUGGAUGCUCUGAUUCACAGUGGGAAAGGUGUUGGCUGGGGUCUCCUGUCUUCUGUCUGGGCCUCUACUUUCUGCCUCCCUUUCUCUCUGCUGAGUUUGGGAUGGGCACAGGGCCCAUCUCCAGACCCAGAUCAGGGCAGGACUGAGAGACAGGCCAAGGGGGUGUCUUAGGAGCUUCUCAGCCUAGAUAGUGACACCACCUCUCCCUGGUUCCUGAGUCCCUGGGAAAAGGGUUUGGGGGAGGCAGAGUCAGAAGUGGUAGCCACUCUUAAUUCCUCUUCUCCCUAUCUGUUUGUCUGUCUGUCUCUCUCUGCAGGAGCUGGGUCCCUUCUCAUCUCUCUUCCUGUCUUCCUUUCCUGGUCCCUGUUUCCUCCUCUCUUUGCCUUUGCUGCUUCUAUCUCAUCUCCUGGAGGCCCAGGCCUGCUGAACCCAUCCAUCCCCUUUGGGGCCAUGGGAUCACUGCUUGCACUCCUGGCACUGCUGCUGCUGUGGGGCGCUGUGGCUGAGGGCCCGGCCAAGAAGGUGCUGACCCUGGAUGGGGACCUGGUGCUGGGUGGGCUGUUCCCGGUACACCAGAAGGGGGCCUCGGCAGAGGAAUGUGGUCCUGUCAAUGAGCAUCGCGGCAUCCAGCGCCUGGAGGCCAUGCUUUUUGCACUGGACCGCAUCAACCGCGACCCCCGCCUGCUGCCAGGUGUGCGCCUGGGUGCGCACAUACUCGACAGCUGCUCCAAGGACACACACGCCCUGGAGCAGGCACUUGACUUCGUGCGUGCCUCGCUCAGCCGCGGCGCUGAUGGUUCACGCCACAUCUGCCCUGAUGGCUCUUAUGCCACCCAUGGUGAUGCCCCCACUGCCAUCACUGGUGUCAUUGGCGGCUCCUACAGUGACGUCUCCAUCCAGGUGGCAAACCUCCUGCGGCUAUUUCAGAUCCCACAGAUCAGCUAUGCCUCCACCAGUGCCAAGCUGAGUGACAAGUCCCGCUAUGACUACUUUGCCCGCACAGUGCCCCCUGAUUUCUUCCAAGCCAAGGCCAUGGCCGAGAUUCUCCGCUUCUUCAACUGGACCUAUGUGUCCACUGUGGCGUCCGAGGGUGACUAUGGUGAGACAGGCAUCGAAGCUUUUGAGCUAGAGGCCCGCGCCCGCAACAUCUGUGUGGCCACCUCGGAGAAGGUGGGCCGCGCCAUGAGCCGCACAGCUUUUGAGGGUGUGGUGCGAGCCCUGCUUCAGAAGCCCAGUGCCCGCGUGGCCGUCCUGUUCACCCGUUCCGAGGACGCCCGUGAGCUCCUUGCUGCCACCCAGCGCCUCAACGCCAGCUUCACCUGGGUGGCCAGUGAUGGCUGGGGGGCCUUGGAGAGUGUGGUGGCAGGCAGUGAGGGGGCCGCUGAGGGUGCCAUCACCAUCGAGCUGGCCUCCUAUCCCGUCAGUGAAUUUGCCUCCUACUUCCGGAGCCUGGACCCCUGGAACAACAGCCGGAACCCCUGGUUCCGUGAGUUCUGGGAGCAGAGGUUCCGCUGCAGCUUCCGACGGCGAGACUGUGCAGCCCACUCACUGCGGGCCGUGCCCUUUGAGCAAGAGUCCAAGAUCAUGUUUGUGGUCAAUGCAGUGUAUGCCAUGGCCCAUGCACUGCACAAUAUGCACCAAGCCCUCUGCCCCAAUACCACCCACCUCUGUGACGCAAUGCGGCCUGUCAACGGGCGCCGCCUCUACAAGGACUUCGUGCUCAAUGUCAAGUUCGAUGCCCCCUUCCGCCCAGCUGACACCCACAGUGAGGUCCGCUUCGACCGCUUUGGUGACGGUAUUGGCCGCUACAACAUCUUCACCUAUCUGCGGGCAGGCAGUGGGCACUAUCGCUACCAGAAGGUGGGCUACUGGGCAGAAGGCCUGACCCUGGACACUAGACUCAUCCCAUGGGCCUCGCCUUCAGCUGGCCCCCUGCCUGCCUCUCGCUGCAGUGAGCCCUGCCUCCAGAAUGAGGUGAAGAGCGUGCAGCCGGGGGAGGUCUGCUGCUGGCUCUGCAUCCCCUGCCAGCCCUACGAGUACCGGCUGGAUGAGUUCACUUGUGCUGACUGUGGCCUGGGCUACUGGCCCAACGCCAGCCUGACUGGCUGCUUCGAGCUGCCCCAGGAGUACAUCCGCUGGGGCGAUGCCUGGGCUGUGGGACCUGUCACCAUCGCCUGCCUAGGUGCCCUGGCCACCCUUUUUGUGCUGGGCAUCUUUGUGCGACACAAUGCCACACCAGUGGUCAAGGCCUCAGGCCGGGAGCUCUGCUACAUCCUGUUGGGUGGCGUCUUCCUCUGCUACUGCAUGACCUUCAUCUUCAUUGCCAAGCCAUCCACAGUGGUGUGUACCUUACGGCGCCUUGGUUUGGGUACCGCCUUCUCCGUCUGCUACUCAGCCCUGCUCACCAAGACCAACCGCAUUGCGCGCAUCUUUGGUGGGGCCCGGGAGGGAGCCCAGCGGCCACGCUUCAUCAGUCCCGCCUCACAGGUGGCCAUCUGCCUGGCACUUAUCUCGGGCCAGCUGCUCAUCGUGGCCACCUGGCUCGUGGUGGAGGCACCAGGCACAGGCAAGGAGACAGCCCCUGAGCGGCGGGAGGUGGUGACAUUGCGCUGCAACCAUCGCGAUGCAAGCAUGCUGGGCUCACUGGCUUACAACGUGCUCCUCAUCGCGCUCUGCACGCUCUAUGCCUUCAAGACCCGCAAGUGCCCUGAGAACUUCAAUGAGGCCAAGUUCAUCGGCUUCACCAUGUACACCACCUGUAUCAUCUGGCUGGCCUUUCUGCCCAUCUUCUAUGUCACCUCCAGUGACUACCGGGUGCAGACCACCACCAUGUGUGUGUCAGUCAGCCUCAGCGGCUCUGUGGUUCUUGGCUGUCUCUUCGCACCCAAGCUGCACAUCAUCCUCUUCCAGCCACAGAAGAAUGUGGUUAGCCACCGUGUGCCCACCAGCCGCUUUGGCAGCGCUGCCGCCAGGGCCAGCUCCAGCCUUGGCCAAGGGUCUGGCUCCCAGUUUGUCCCCACUGUUUGCAAUGGCCGCGAGGUGGUGGACUCAACAACGUCAUCACUUUGAGGACCCCACACUCCUGCCUUGACACGGUUGCUCCCUGGAACCUGGUGCAGACCCACAUCCAGGGCCAGGAGGAAGUUGGCUGGAGCACUGCAAUAACACCAACCCCGUGCCCGCCCCCAGAGCCACUUACCUACCUACUUACUCCAACCCUUCAGAGUCAGAAGUCAGCGUCCUUGGCCCAGGAGCCUCUGCAAUGGCCACCACCUGCCCUUGCAGCGUGUCCCCUCCUUGCCAGGCCCAGGACUCGGAAAGGAGCAAGCCAGGGUCUACUCUGCCCUGGAACAGGGUGGCUGAGGACUGCAGGCCCCAACCUCCAAUCAGCAAAGGUGCUUCCAGCCUUGCCCCUCCCUCCUUCUAGGACCUUUUUAAUUUUUUAUAUAAGUUAUUGUGGGAUGGGGAGGGGGGUUACUGUGGGGGCCGCUCCUCCCCCUGUAGUAGUUUGUCUUGUGGUUUAUUUUGUAUUAUCUGUAAAUAAACUGUCUUUAUUAAAAAAGUCAUUCUUUGCCCUUGACCCAGGGAGGCCCCUCAUGCCCGCCACAGUCUCCUAACCUUCAUUUUGCCGGUAUUUGUUGACUCUGCCCUGUGCCUGCUGUUAGGACCUGGCAGCCACCAAGACAGAUCCAGCCCUGCCUGAACUACCAUAUGAUCCAGCUAUUCCACUGUUGGGUAUUUAUCCAAAGAACUUGAAAACACCAAUUUGUAAAGGUACAUGCACCUCUGUGUUCAUUGCAGCGUUAUUCACAAUAGCCAAGACUUGGAAGCAACCUAAGUGCCCAUCAAGGGACGAAUGGAUAAAGAAGAUGUGGUAUAUAUA